CGCAGUUCCACCCCCAUCUUGGAAGUGCAAACCCGAUCCGAUCCGGGAGCUUGUGUCAGUUGGCUUCCAAAAUUUUUCCCUACGUUUUAACUAAGGCCAUGACGGAGACUGAUAGAGAUGCCCCUCAACUCACAGCAGCAGUGUAAUAGUCAGUCUCCUCCCAUCAGCUGCACCUCCAAUUGCACAGUCCAAUCAUCCACUGACUCCAACGAUAUUGAAGAGUGCAUCAGUAACUUUGAAGCAAGCCGUAUGGCGAUGGGAGGUAAGUUUGAGUGGACUCCUGAAAUGGAUGAGCACUUCAUUGAUGCGUACAUCGCCUUCAAGCUGUCAAAAAAAUGGGACAAGCGUAAAUCACUUGAAUGGAAUUAUGGUCAGAUAGCCGAGCAUUUGCGUGAAAACCAUGGAGAUGAAGUCAGUGCUGCGCAGUGCCAAUCUAGAUUCUACCGGUUCAAGAAGAAAUGGCAACUUUUUUGCCAGCUUCGGGGGCUCAGCAACAAGGCUGCAACUGGCAUCGGAUGGGAAGAGGACACCCAGCAUUUCACUGCUGACAAGGACCAUUGGGCCGAUCUCAUUUCGUCCAACAGCGAGUAUAAGGACUUUUCUAAGCCCUUUAGUUGCGGCUUAUACGAGCGAUUCACUCCUAUCAUGAUUGGGGAAACGACUACAGGGACACGAGCACAAUCUGCUAGCCAGCCAGAAAUUUCCCUUGAGCAACUCGGAAACGAGCAAACCACCUCUAGAAGGAGUCGGAAAGGCAAGGCCAAAGCCUCAGUGUCGUCGCAACCGCCUUCGGCCACCUCCCCUUGGGAAGGGGAGGACGUGUACUACGUGUCCCCUAUUCCGGGAGGCAGUAGUGGGAAGCGACCAGCAAGCAGUUUGGGUAACUCCGGCGAGCGAGAGGGUUCCAGAGGCACAAAAUCUACCCGAUCAUCUGCGGACAGACUUGAAGACGCCUUAAGCAAGAUCGGCAACUUCACAAACGUGGCGAGAACUGAUCGAAAGGAUCGUAUAGACAGAGAUGAGACGUACAAAGUCAAACAUUGUCAAGACAUCGUCUCAGCCAUGGAUAUCCCCGUUGAUUGGAAGGUAGAAAUAGACUCGUAUCUCGCCGAAGAUGAAAAUUUAGGCCAACGGAUUAUCUUCGUGCGCUAUGACGCUGCUGGAAGAUAUGCAUAUGUCGCAGGGCAUAUGAGGAAGAAAGGUGAAGCAUAAUUUGAAGUAGCCUAUUCCACCACAACAGAAUAGUUGCCGUCUCAAAUCCGUUUCUGCUAUCUCACACCGGCAAAGGUUGUG